UGUACAGUAGUCAACACUGAAUUGCCCACUGUCUGCUGCAGCAGUCGCAUUUCUCGCAGAACGAUGUCAUCUCUCGCCUACACGGCGCCUGCAGGCACCAGCGAGCGUGUCGCAACGCUCCGCUCCCUGGCGUGCAUCCGGGAACGCUGCGGGGUGAUCUUCGAUGCGGCGAAAUCGGACAAGCUCGCCCACUUCCGUCUCGAUCUCUCCAAGAUGGACGACGUUGCCACCUUCGUGCAAGGCCUCAUGGACCGUGACUACAGCAGCUACGACGACGUGCCUUACCACUCCCGUUGGCGGCACUUCGAGGCGGGCGGGCUCGACCGCACGGCGCGCCUUACAGCUGCCUGGGACGGCAGCAAGAGUUGCGACGAAUUAGAGAAAGCGCGGCGUCUGGUAGACCUAGUCGUCACCUCCGUGCUCCUCGAUGCCGGCGCUGGCGACGUCUGGAAGUACACGGAAAAGUCCACGGGUUUCGAGGCGGGCCGAAGCGAGGGGCUCGGCGUCGCCAGCUUCCACAUGUUCGGGGCCGGGGCGUUCUCGAGCGACACGGGCAGUAACCCACACCGGGCAGACUCGUUGGGGUUGAAGGGGCUCGCGGACGAUUCCGUGAGGAGGGCGUUCCAGGUGGAUGAUGGCGUUAACCCUCUCGUGGGCUGCGACGGAAGAACCCAGGUGCUCAAGCGGUUGGGUACGGCCCUUGAACAACACCCGGUGUUCUUCGAGGCAGGAGGAAUCUUUAGGCCCGGUAACAUGGUGGACUACCUCCUCGCCCAAGCUAGCGACGACUCGAAGACCGUGUCCAUCACCAAGGUGUGGGAGGUGGUAAUGUACGGGUUCGAGGCCAUGUGGCCUGCCGGGAGGACGGAGCUCGACGGGCGGAGCAUGGGGGACGUUUGGGAGCACUCGGCUCUUCCGGACGAUGGCAGCGGGUGGUCCAACCUCGUGCCUUUCCACAAGCUGUCGCAGUGGAUGACAUACUCGCUCAUGGAGCCGCUGCAGGCGGCCGGGUUGGUCUUGACGGAGACUGAGCUCAUGACGGGUCUACCGGAAUACCGCAACGGGGGUCUGCUGUUGGACAUGGGGCUGCUGGAAGCCAAGCACCCGGGGGUGACUGGACAAGCACAUGGUCCAGAAGAAGAGGUUAUCGUGGAGUGGAGAGCGCUGACGGUGUGCCUCUUGGACGAGGUCGCGGCAGCCCUUCGACAAAAGCUGGGCAAGACGGAGAAAGAGUUUCCGCUGGUCAAGAUGCUUGAAGGGGGCACGUGGAAGGCCGGCCGGUACAUGGCAAAGACGCUCAGGCCGCAGACCUGCGGGCCCCCCAUCGAGAUCGUCAGUGACGGCACCGUGUUUUGAUAUAUGAUUCUGGGUCGUUUUGCUGGGCAGAGUUGGUCCUCUGCUUCUACAGUAGCCGCACGCGUUAUUUCGAGGCGCAGAUUGCGCGACCACUGAAGAAACGACUGUUGUUUCGACAGCCCUGAAUAAGGUAGCGGCUUACUUCCUCUUUGAGGGAAACCAAGUUAGUGUACGGUGGAGUUCAAGUUCUUAGGUAUGAACACUUUUUGACUACACCCUCAAGGUUUAGGGCUAGAUAGACUUUAGGGGCCAUUUAUUGGCCCCCCAUCUUCUUCCACUCUGUUUUAGCUCGCGAAGAAGGGCAUUGUUGUCUCCUUCUUUGAACUCCACAAGGGGGGCGCCGAGGCAGGCGGGGGCAACUAUAGUCUAGUGUGGAUGCUUUGUAGAGUGGAGGAGUAAGAGGGUACAUGACAGGUCAAUUCGCGGGACGAUACCGCGAGUUCAACAGCGAAGUUGCGCCGCUUCGAUUUGUGCUUGGGUGGCAAGCGCUUCUUUCUACUCUAGGACUCUAGGAGCAAGUGCGGAAGAAGCACUAGAAGCACCUCGCCCACCGAUGGCAGGAGGCACUGGGCAACCUAGACCUUGGGUUGUUACAAAGUCUCGCUUUCUCUCUAGAGGAGUAGCUUGAGAACCUCGUCCCG